AUGGUAGCCAUGGCGUUUCCUGCCGCUGCUAACCACUGCGUCCCUUCGAGCUACUUCCAUGGCGGUCUUCAUGUGGGUAGGAGCGAUUAUUGCCUCUUCGGUGUAAAUCCUCGGAGAGCUUCUGUUUCCAUCAGGUGCCAAUCUACAGAUACCAAAGAGCCAAAGACGAGUGGUAACAUUUUGGAUAAUGCAAGCAACCUUUUCACAAAUCUGUUAAGUGGUGGAAGUUUGGCGUCAAUGCCCAUUGCUGAAGGAGCAGUCUCUGAUUUGUUUGGAAAGCCUCUCUUCUUAUCGCUUUACGACUGGUUCUUGGAGCAUGGAGGAGUGUAUAAACUUGCGUUUGGUCCAAAAGCCUUUGUUGUCAUCUCUGAUCCGAUUGUUGCAAGGCAUGUCCUCAGGGAAAACGCGUUUUCUUAUGACAAGGGGGUUCUUGCUGAGAUCUUAGAGCCGAUUAUGGGAAAAGGGUUGAUACCGGCUGAUCUCGAUACCUGGAAGUUAAGAAGAAGAGCCAUAACUCCUGCCUUCCAUGCAUUGUACCUAGAGGCCAUGGUCAAAGUAUUUACUGACUGUUCUGAGAAAAUGAUAUUGAAAUCUGAGAAACUUUUGAAGGAGAAAGAAGUUUCAAGCGGAGGGGACACUAUAGAGUUGGAUCUGGAAGCAGAAUUCUCGAGUCUGGCUCUUGAUAUUAUUGGGCUUAGUGUGUUCAACUAUGACUUUGGCUCUGUCACAAAAGAGUCCCCUGUGAUUAAGGCAGUUUAUGGAACUCUUUUUGAGGCAGAGCAUCGGUCUACAUUUUACUUCCCUUAUUGGAAAUUUCCUCCAGCCAGAUGGAUAGUACCGAGGCAAAGAAAGUUCCAAAGCGAUCUGAAGAUUAUAAAUGAUUGCCUUGAUGGACUCAUUCAAAAUGCUAAAGAGACAAGACAGGAAACAGAUGUAGAGAAACUCCAGCAAAGGGACUACUCUAAUCUCAAGGAUGCAAGUCUUUUGCGGUUCUUAGUUGAUAUGCGCGGUGUUGACAUUGAUGAUCGGCAGGCAAGAUCAUAUUACUUACUGUUCAACAAUCUUCUCAGGGAUGACUUGAUGACUAUGCUCAUUGCUGGUCACGAGACAACAGCAGCAGUUCUUACUUGGGCUGUUUACCUUCUUGCACAAAAUCCUGCAAAAAUUAGGAAAGCUCAAGCUGAGAUUGAUGCCGUGCUUGGUGAAGGUGCACCCACUUAUGAAUCAAUGAAAAAGCUUGAGUACAUAAGACUGAUCGUUGUAGAAGUCCUUCGUCUCUAUCCUCAGCCACCUCUGCUCAUCAGACGCACUCUCAAACCAGACACCUUGCCCGGAGGAUACAAAGGUGAAAAAGAAGGUCAUAAAGUGCCAAAAGGGACUGACAUCUUCAUUUCUGUGUACAAUCUCCAUAGAUCUCCAUACUUUUGGGAUAACCCAGACGAGUUUGAGCCAGAGAGGUUCUUAAAAACAAAAGAGAGCAAUGGUAUUGAAGGAUGGGCUGGCUUUGAUCCAUCUCGAAGCCCUGGUGCACUUUACCCCAACGAGAUCAUAGCAGACUUUGCAUUCUUACCAUUUGGUGGAGGGCCAAGGAAAUGCAUUGGAGACCAGUUUGCUUUAAUGGAAUCCACCGUCGCGUUAGCUAUGCUGUUUCAGAAAUUCGAUGUGGAGCUGCGUGGUUCGCCGGACUCUGUUGAACUCGUGAGCGGCGCAACGAUUCAUGCCAAAAAUGGGAUGUGGUGCAAACUUAAGAGAAGAUCAAAAUGA